CAAAAUUCAUGACUCUUCGAAAAACGAAUGUUGAAAACCUGUAUGUGCCACCAAUAAACUGUAAAAUUUGUUAUCUCGCGAUGACAACUGUUCUUGACAGCCUUCAAUUGAUAAACAAGUUACGCGGGUAUUCCAUGACAAGAGACUGUUUGUGUUAGUGACGUCACUGAGUCAAAAUAUACUCAGUCGAAACUCUAUCGAUCUUCGGGAACCUCUCGACGACCUAAUUUGUUGCUGCUUUUUCAAUUUCUCGCCGACUAUUGAGUAACAUGGGUGGUAAACCUGAUAAAGACAGAAAAGACAAGAUAAUCGAGGAUGAUUUUGUGGAUGUAGAAAAGUUUUCAGGACGCCACGAUGAAUUCGGCGAACGGAAAGGUGAAGGAGCGUAUUUCUUCGCUAAUGGGGAUAUUUACGAUGGAGAUUGGAAGAAGGGCAAGAAGCAUGGCUAUGGAAUGUAUACAUAUGCAAAUGGUAAAAGCAUUAAAGGAUGGUUUUACAAGGAUCAAUUCAUAGGAUCAGAGCCAAACGAAAAGUUAAAGAAAAAAUUGAAAAAGAAAAAUAAAAAAUGUGAAAAGGGUGCCGCAACACUUCCUCCACCAGCAAGUCUUGCUUUUUUCCAGCCUGAUGAGAGAGACUCCAAGCCCUUCCCUACAAUUCUUAAAUCCAACAGCCUCGAAGACGUUUCAACAGCCGGCCGGCACGAGCCUGAUGGAUUCCGACGGACGAAAAGUGAACGCCGAGCAAAGAGCGCCUUUAAGAGAAAUUACAGACUUCCAAGCAAAGAAGAUGAAAAGAUGGAGAGGAAGAGGAGCGUGAGGCUAAGGCAGUCAAUCCGCGCCAAAUAUGGUUUGCCAGUACCUUCAAGAAAAAAUCCCUUGCUUAGUGGUUCUGACUAGGAUUGAAUUGAUAUUAAUUCCCAAAUGCAUUUAUUUAUGAACCAUUUAGAUAUAUAUAAAACGAACUGAAAUUAGAGCGCGGUGAUUGGUCGUUGCCUCUGAUCUUUCGGUGUGCGGGCGCAUAGCUAAUGUCUCAGAGAAUUUUUAGAAUCAAACCAGUUUUACUGGGGCUUUAUAUGAGCAAAUAAAAAAAUCAAACAAAUCAAACAAGCCCACAAAAAUACAGAAAAAGGGAAAGAGUCUGAAAAACCACGAUUAAUAUUAUCUUCACUUGGAGCCUUCAAAAAUCCCAGAAUCUGGAACAAAUCUACAAAUUGUCGAGCCACAAGGCGAGUAAUUAACGUCACUUAUUUUACUUUCUGGUCAGGUUCUAGAACAAAUCGAUCACAUGCUUUGUGUCUUUGGUUGUAAGAAUUUUGAUUUCAGAUAAAAAACCUUUACCUCCGUUGGGUGGGUAAGAUACGAAUCCGUUUUGAUCUAUGAGAAGAUCUCGGUUCCAAAUCUUUUCGCUACCUAUAACACAAAUUUCUUCUGCCAGGAUAACUCACUCCUGGGACAAUAGACUAAGGUUUACCUUUUUAUAUAAACAACGCGUGUUAAUAAAAAAUGAGUUUUAUGACUUUUACUUUAAACGAAACAUUUUGUCAACAUAACAUGAAAAUUGUGAGAUUAAAAAAAAAAUACAAAGAAGGGCCACAAAAUGCAAAGGAGGCACCCUGCAGUAUUGGACGAAAAGAAUAUGUAUGUAUAGUUGAUAUAUAGUCUGGGUAGCAUUAAAUAACAAACGGAACGUUAA